UAACCCCGUCGCCUGUUUUUGUGUUUCAGAUGAUGAAGUUUGCCUGGGACAACUACAAGAGCUUUGCCUGGGGCAAGAAUGAGCUACGGCCCCUGACCAGGAAUGGCCACAUUGGGAACAUGUUUGGUGGUCUGAGGGGAGCCUCCAUCGUGGAUUCUCUGGACACGCUGUAUAUAAUGGGAUUAAUGGAUGAAUACAACGACGCAAAGGAGUGGGUAGAGACCAGCCUGGACCUGAACUCGAACGGCGAGGCUUCUCUCUUCGAGGUGAAUAUCCGUUACGUCGGUGGGCUGCUCUCUGCGUACUACCUGACGGGAGAGGAGAUGUUCAAGAGGAAAGUGAUGGUGCUUGGGGAGAAGCUGCUACCGGCCUUCAACACACCAACGGGUAUCCCACGUGGAGUCAUCAACCUGGGCAGCAGUGGCACCAGUUGGAGCUGGGGCUGGGCGUCAGCCGGGAGCAGUAUCCUGGCGGAGUUUGGAACCCUGCACCUGGAGUUUGUCCACCUGUCAGAGCUCUCCAACAAUGGCAUCUACACAGAGAAGGUUAUGAAUAUCCGAAAGCUGUUGAACAAAAUCGAGAAGCCUCACGGUCUCUAUCCUAACUUCUUGAGUCCCGUCAGUGGCAACUGGGUCCAACAUCACGUUUCCAUUGGCGGCCUGGGGGAUAGCUUCUACGAGUACCUGAUCAAAUCAUAUCUGAUGUCAGACAAGACGGACGAGGAGGCUAAGAAGAUGUACUACAGUGCUCUGGAGGCUAUCGAGGCUAACCUGGUGCAGAAGUCCCCUGGCGGGCUGACCUACAUGGCGGAGUGGAGGGGGGGCAUCCUGGACCACAAGAUGGGCCACCUGGCCUGCUUCUCCGGGGGCAUGGUGGUGAUCGGAGCGGACGACGGCGCUCCAGAGAAGAGACAGCACUACCUGGACCUGGCUGCAGAGAUUACGCACACCUGCCAUGAGAGCUACAGUAGAUCUGCUACGAAAUUAGGGCCCGAGGCAUUCCGAUUCGACGGUGGGGCAGAAGCCACGGCGACCAGACUGAGUGACAGAUACUACAUCCUGCGGCCGGAGGUCAUCGAGAGCUACAUGUACAUGUGGAGGUUGACCCAUGACCCCAAGUACCGGGAGUGGGGCUGGGAGGCAGUGGAGGCUCUGGAGCAGCACUGCAGAGUCGAAGCUGGUUUCUCUGGGAUCCGAGACGUGUACGCCCAGACAGUCAGCCACGAUAACAUGCAACAAAGCUUUUUCCUCUCCGAGACACUCAAGUAUCUAUACCUGCUCUUCUCUGACGAUGACCUGCUUCCUCUGGAGGACUGGGUGUUCAACACGGAGGCUCACCCCCUGCCCGUCGUCCGCAAGAGCUGCCUACAGGGGGAGGGAGGGACACACGUCAAGAAAACCUCAGAGUAGCAGCCUGCUGUACAACCACUGCACAACUCACCUGCAUACAGACACAGAGUAACACGUAUUCUUACAUCACAUGCAUACAAACGCACACACACACAUGACAACAUUACACACCGCUAACACCACCACAACAAAAUGCAGGGCCAGCGUCCCUUGGGCCCUGUCACAGACUUUUAAUUCCUUUCCAGUAAAGGAUCUUGUCGUAUACGCUGUGAUUGUAUAUCCUUGAGCCGGGCCGGGACUACUUCCUGCCGGCAUUACUUUCUGUGGACAAUCAAGACGAACAUGAUUUUCAUGAAAAGAGCACCUUUUUUUCUUUCCUUCUUUCCUCUGUGAGGAAACCAAGAGUAUCUUGCAGACCCAAAUGUAAUGGGAGGAGUGCUGUGUUAUGGGCCAUGUUGUGAGAGAGAGAGAGAGAGAAAACCACUGAGCUUUUUCUUUAAUCGAUUGCGGUGAAAAACAGAAUCAAUGAUUUCACUUGAUCUUGUCAUUGCUUUUUUUUCUGGCUUUUUUCUCUGUCUCUUUGACCAAAGUUGUUUGUUCUUUUGUUCACCCUCUCGUAAUUCCCUAGACAUAUUAUUUUGUGGUGAGAUUUGACCAAUAGUAAGAUGACGGACUAAUAUGGAGUGUUGAAUAGUGUUGAAUAUUAAAAUGUAUAGACAAUUGUGAAAUGUUAUAACUCCAAAUCCACCUUAGAUGAUUGUUUAUUCAGAGUUUCUUUGCAGAAACAGGUUAAAUGAAUAAUAACAGGCAUGGGAACAAUUGAAAACGGAAGAGGUUGUUGGAGAGAGGGAGUGUCUCACAUUUUUCUUCAUCAUUUUUUUGGAGUACAAUACUGGUGACAUAUUUUCAUAAGGCCAAGUCUGUGUUGAAUCCUCCUCACCGCCUUUCAGAGCGUAACUUCACAUUGUGUGAGUCCAGUUAUUGUAACACUGUAACACAAGUUACUGUAGCACUGUAGAACGGAUGUCAGUCCUGUGACUGUAAUACUCUACAACGAGUGUCAGUCCUGUGACCAACAUUGUAACACAAGUGUCAGUCAUAUUACUGCAACACUAUAGAACUAGUGUCAGUCCUGUGACUAAGACACAAGUCUCAAUCCUGUUACUGUAACACAAGCAGUCACAACCACCCAAGAGGCAAUAUCACCACAGCUAGUCCUAGUUGCCUAGUAUGACUGGGCUCAAAUAUGCUUGCCAAAGUGAACAGCCCUCAUCGAGAGCUUCAGCUCUCUCAAAUCCACAGCGGGGAAAGUUAGGCUUGAGGUUAAGGGUUUGCUCAAAUGUACACCGUUGAGGGGAAUGUGAAUGGCGCUUCCUAUUUCAUCCUUAUUCCUAUCAUCACUGCUGUCCAAUACAGUUGUGGAGAGAAUGUGCUGUACAUACCUGGAUGAAUGUAAUGGACCUCUGUAUUAGCUUACCUUCAGUUUAUUUUGUGAUUUAUUUCACUUAAUUCCAUAAUUAUUUUCAUUUCUUUUUAAUUUGCUUCCCUCAGGUGUUUCUGUAAAAGAGGAAAAAUGUUUGACUUUAAUUAUAGUUCUGGUUGAUAUUAAUUAUUGUUAUUACUUAUCUUUCAUUGUUGAAUAUUUUCAAAUACUGAUAAAAGACCUGUGCAACUUUGUACAUUUAAAGCAACUUCA